AUGUCGUAUCAAGCAAACCAUUCUCAACCCAACAUGGGAGAAUCGAUCCUGCCAGCUUCAAGGCCAUUCAGCAAGUGGUGGCCCAUUGGAUUUGCCAUUGCCUCCGUCGUGCUCUACGCUGUUGGAGGCGGCCUCUAUGGUUCAUCCUGUGCCACCGAUGGCUACUACUACUACUGUAGCUACGGCCUGUGGAGUGGAGGGAUCGCAAUGCUCUCCCUAGGAGGCAUCACAUCAACCAUUGCUAUCAUUCUUCUCAUCAUUUAUCUGGUUCGACGUCGCACUCCCACCCAGUGCAGUUCCGCAUCACGCCUCAAUUAUCAAGACCAGUUUGCUCCACCGCCGCCUGUCAAUAUCCAAACUCCAGGUCCAGCCUACGGGCGAUCUCGGCCGACAAAGCCGGAGGCAGAUAUUCGGGAACUCUCACACCACCAGCCUGCCACGGGAGGUAAAUAUUGUGGCCGUUGUGGAAGUAGCGUCCAGACUCCCUUCUGCCCCAAGUGUGGUGCUCAGGUUUAG